AUGUCGCAUCUGAGAAAUGAGUGGCUAGCCGGCCGCGGCCUGAGCUUUGAUGUAGAUUGGCUCCAAUCGCAAUGUGUCUCUACAGGGAGAGAUCCUCGGCCCCCCAGUCUCGAGGAUUUCGUCUUUCCUCCCACUGGUGGGAACGCUUGUUCUUGUGAGCAUAUACUGCAUAGUAUGUGUUGUGCUCUUCUUAGUCAUGCGGCCGCGGUGCCCACGCGUGUUUGCACCACGGACACAGCCAGGCUUGGUAUCGUCACAGUUAGUAAACGCAUCGGGAUCCUGGGAUUAUCUGUGCUGUCAAGGUUGAGUCCAUCAUUACCCGAUGAAGUCUUCAAAUGGAUCAAACCAUUCUUCGAAAUCCCGGAUACCUUCAUCCUGAAUCAUUGCUCGUUGGAUGGGUUCCUCUUCUUGCGGUAUCUCAAGGUUCUGCGUAGCGUAUUCCUUGUCGGUUGCUGCAUAGCGUGGCCAAUUCUCCUCCCGGUACACAUCACUGGAGGAAGGAGAUUGAAAGGAUUAGACCUCUUGACGGUUGGUAAUAUCGAGGAUGAUCGCAAAUUCUAUGCACACGUGAUUGUGGCUAUCUCAUGGUUUAGUCUCAUACUUGUAGUGAUAGUGCGAGAAAAUCUUUACUACAUUAACCUGCGUAUAGCAUAUGCCUCAUCGCCAUUCUACGCCGAUCAGCUUUCAUCCAGAACUAUUCUUCUGACCCAUGUUCCGAAACGAUACCGUAACGAAUCUUGCCUUCGAAGACUGUUUGGCGAUUCUGUCAACCGCGUCUGGAUCCCUAGAACCUCGAAAACCCUUUCUACACUCGUUAACCAAAGGAAUGAGGUUGCUUCAAAGCUAGAGGAGGCUGAAGUUGAGCUAAUUGUGAAGUCCAACAAAGCACAUAACAAAGGUUCCAAACCCCAUACCCCAAUUCCGCCGCCAGCGGCACCGUCUAUAGCUUCAAUAGCCAACAACGCCACUGAAAACUACUCUGGGAGACCGGACCAGCAACCAUCGGGAGUUGACGAGCCAGCUACAGGAAUACUGACGCAUAAGGGCUUCCGGCCACGCCAUCGCCUUUGGCGUCAAUUUGGACGCAAAGUCGACACCAUCAGCUGGGCCCGCUCUCAAAUCAAGUCUCUUAAUACUCGAAUAUCCAAGUUGCGCCGUCAGCUCCGUCAAACACAUGUGUCUACCUUUCCAGCUGCAUUUGUCGAGUUUGAUAACCAGGAGAGCGCACAUGCUGCGCAUCAAAGUCUCGCUCACCAUCGACCAACACAACUAUUUCGUCACCUUGGUAUACGGCCAAACGAUCUGCUGUGGAAGUCUCUGGGGAUGGACUGGCGGGAGCGGGUUAUCAGACAGUUUUUCGUCUGUGGGUUGAUCGUAGCUGCUAUAAUCCUUUGGUCCUUCCCCACCGCAGUCAUCGGCGUGAUAUCCAACGUGGAGCUCCUAAGUGAAAAUCUGCCCUUUCUGCAUUGGAUGAGAGAGAUGCCACACCGCCUACUUCGGGUUCUUCAAGGAUUUGUGCCUGCCUUGGUCUUGACACUCUGGAUAGCAGUGGUUCCCGCUUUAUUACGAUGUAUGACCACUUUGACUUCCACCGUCUUCUGCCUUUACCCAAUGCUAAUUGUCCAUGAAGUUUGCGCCGUCCAAGCCGGUUCUAUAUCGCUAAGCACGAUGGAGCUUUUCACACAAAAGUCUUAUUUCGCCUUUCUUGUCGUGCAGGUGUUCCUUAUCACAUCGUUCUCAUCAACUGUAUUAUCAAUGUUGCCAGAUCUACUUGCCGAACCGCUCAGAAUUCCAGAUACUCUCGCAAACAGCAUCCCAAGAGCCUCGGAUUUCUUUUUUUCGUUCAUUCUAAUUCAAUGUCUCGCCGAUGGUGCUUCGAAUAUUUUCCCAAUUGUCGAUCUAUGCCGGCACCAUGUCUUAGGCCAGAAAACCCGCACACCAAGGAUGCAAUAUCGAACCUGGAGAAGAAUGAGACGAGUGCAUUGGGGUACCGUCUUUCCUAGAAUCUCUAAUAUGGGAGUUAUUACGCUUUGCUACGCCGGAAUCGCUCCUAUCAUUCUCGUAUUUGCAGCAGGCGGCAUGUUCUUCCUGCAGGUAGUCUAUCGUUACAAUAUCAUCUACGUGAUAGAUUGCGAUCUGACUAGUACCGGAUUGUUUUACCCCCAGGCAUUGUUGCAUCUUAUAACUGGGCUUUACCUAGCCGAGCUAUGCUUGGUUGGGAUAUUCAUCCUAAAUUCUGCUUUUGUUCCAAUGGCUUUGAUGAUUUCGUUCGUUAUUCUCACGGCCCUCGUGCAUCUUGAACUGGGCAAAGCCAUCGAUCCGCUGCUUCAUAAUCUUCCUCAAUGUUUGUGGAGUGAGGAAAAGGACCCACCAGGUGAAGAGGAAAACUUGUUUCGACACUCAACGCGCAACGCAAGAAGCCCUGGCCAUGUGGCCACAGUAGAACAAGUAGAAGAAAAUGAGAGGCAAGAUUGUGUUGAAGCUAAUACAGACAAUGGAGAGCAGCGUUUUGCCAUGCCAUCUGUCCUGUCAAGGUGCAGGUUCAGCAACAUGAAGGCAGCCUGGGCGCAAACUUUGGAACCUAGAAUACCGUGCGGGACGAGAAUCUGUAACCCUUGGAACCUGAUGAAGCAAUUCUUCGGUCCCCAAUGGUCAGUCGCUGAUUUACGCCAUAAGAUCCUAUCUCUCCAUGAGACCGCAUCCUCAGAUGCCCUUCAGUCAUACGAGUACCCGACUAAAGGAACAACGGAGGCUUAUAUGCCGCCAGAGCUAUGGCUUCCAAAACCAACAUUAUGGGUUCCACAAGACGAGAAAGGCGUUAGCCGAAAGGAGAUUGCCCAAACGAAAAGAUAUAUUCCAAUAACGGAUAUUGGAGCUAGUUUGGAUGAGAGCGGGCAAAUCGUGACAAACUUCGAAGAUGCGCCCAUCGAUGAAGCAAAAUUGAGUGGAACACGUUGGGAGGCAAUAGAGAGUGCGGCACCGUCGUUACUAAGCCCAAGCGCAUUAGGUUUAUAA